AAUCAAGGGUGCGAAAUGCAAUAAACGGAAACAAGAAAUUCUAACUUAAGAAAUUAGGAAGUUAGACGCACUUGUGGUUUGCCCAUACACUGCGGAGUUGUGCUUCGAUUCUCACGAUAAGAACACCCUGAAAUUGCUGCAAAUCUCCAAGAAAUUUCUUCAUUUUCAUCCAUCAUUCUUCUCGUAUCAAACAAUGGUAGAAGGAAACACCGGCGCUGAGUCAGAACGAGACGAUUGGAACUCCAACGAUUCCGAAGAAGACGAUGUCAUCGAAAUCGAGGAGAACAAUACAAGGUCGGUCGAAGGGGGUGAAGUUCUUGAACCAUAUGUAGGCAUGGAAUUCGAAUCGGAAGAAGAUGCGCGGAGAUUUUACAACGACUACGCAAGGAGAGUAGGGUUUGUGGUCCGUAUUAUGCAGCGGCGUCGAUCUGAAAUUGAUGGCAGAACUCUUGCUCGGAGACUCGGGUGUAACAAACAAGGGUUUUCUCCCAAUAACAAAGGAAAAAUCGGGCCCGAAAAAAAGCUAAGAGCAAGUGCGCGCGAGGGUUGUAAGGCAACGAUACUGUUUAAGAUGGAGAAAUCGGGAAAGUGGGUAGUUACGAGAUUUGUCAAGGACCAUAACCAUCCUUUAGUUGUCACUGCUCAGGAAUUUACCAAUGUGAGUGACAAGGAUAAGAAAAUCCAAGAACUCGCACGUGAGCUGCAGCGGCAGGAAGAACUAUGUGCCUCGUACAGAGAAAAAUUGAUCAGUCUUCUGGCAAAUGUCGAGAAUCAAACCGAGAAUUUAUCUUCAAAAGUUCUAGCAGUUAUUGACAACGUGAGAAAAGCAGAAGCUGAAGCGCUGAGCGAAGCACUAGCAUUGUCCGUCACAUAGGUAUAAUUCAAUAACCGUAUAACAAGAGCUGUGUUUUUAUAUAUGUCGUACGCAUAUAAGCUUUUAAGUUAGUUUUAAUUGGAGAAUAUGUUACUUUAUUCUUCUGGCUCCGGUACGAAAUGACCAGAAUAAGUGAUGUCAUUAUUUAUGUUACUUAAAUUUUCAAGAAGUAAUGAAAGAAAGGUUGAUGUAUAGUGUGAUGCACUUGUUUAAUUUUGUUCA